AUGAGCCAAGGAGCAUGGGCAGCAGGGUCACCCUAGCGCCAUGCUUCAUAAAGGGCGCCGUUACAAUAGGUUUACUGUUACUCUGACGACGGCCGGGGAUACAAUGGGACCGAAUGUGUUGGCCUGAUGCUUCUCUGUUUCUCUCCAUUUUUCACUUGAUGACAAGGGAGACAGACUGAGACGGGACAGCAUGGUAUCAGAGGACGCCCCUGAAGGUAGAGCGCGCGGCGGCGGCGGCGCAGCGUCCCUCCACCAGCCUGCUCGUCGGUUGGAGUUUGCAGGAGGCAUGUCGUCGCCGGGGUGUGUUUCUCCCCUGUAAAUAUGAGCCAACUCGAACUGGUGUGCUUCUUCUUCUUGUGUCCCCCAAACCAGUAACCUCACGGACUAAUGGGGCUUAUACUGCUGAGCCUGGUUCUCCGGUACUGGAUCAACACCGUGGAAGGCUCGUGUUCAGCCGGCAGCGCCGUGACUUGUGACCAGUGUCUGCGGCUCAGUCCCCACUGUGCCUGGUGCACGCAGGAGAAUUUCACAGACUGGUUCUCGGUGGGCGAAAGAUGUGACACACUGGAGAUCUUAGUGGAGAAGGGAUGUGCCGCGAGCCUGCUGGAGUUCCCUGUUUCCAACGGUCAGAUCCUCCGUGAUCGCCCACUCGGGAAGAAGACCGGCAGCGCCAACAGCACCCAGAUCUCGCCGCAGAAAAUGGCCCUCAAGCUGCGAGCUGGCAGCCAGUUGACUUUCCAGGUGAGGAUUCAACACACAGAGGACUACCCUGUGGACAUGUACUAUCUGAUGGACCUGUCGGCGUCCAUGAUCGACGAUCUGGAGACCAUCAAAGACCUGGGCUCCUCUCUGUCCAGAGAGAUGGCCGACCUCACCAGUAAAUUCCGCAUGGGCUUCGGCUCUUUUGUGGAGAAACCCGUCCUGCCUUUCAUCAGGAUCACGGAGGAAGAGCUGGCCAACCCCUGCAGUGGCGUUGGCUCCACCUGCCUGCCAGCAUUUGGCUACAAACAUGUCUUGUCUCUGACGAGCAGCACCGACAAGUUCAACGCGAUAAUCACCAAGCAGCGUGUAUCAGCAAAUAUCGAUGUGCCAGAGUGUGGCUUUGACGCUGUCAUGCAGGCAGCGGUUUGCGGUGACAAGAUAGGCUGGAGGAACGAUUCCAUGCGCCUGCUGGUGUUUGUCAGCGAUGCCGACUCACACUUUGGGAUGGACAGUAAGAUGGCCGGCAUCGUGAUUCCCAACGACGGACAGUGUCACCUGGAUGUCAACAACGAGUACUCCAUGUCCACAGUGCAGGAGUAUCCGACGCUCGGUCAGCUGAUUGACAAAGUGGUGGAGAACAACGUCUUACUGAUAUUUGCUGUGACAGAAAAGCAGAUACACAACUAUAAGAACUAUGCAAAUCUCAUACCUGGCGCCACAGUCGGAGUCCUGGCGACAGAUUCGAGGAACAUCCUGGAACUGAUUGUGACGGCGUACAAAGAAAUGCGUUCGGAGAUAGAGUUGGAGGUCCUCGGAGACACAGAGGAGCUGCAGAUGUCGUUCACAGCCAUUUGUCCCAAUGGUACUGUCCUCCCCGACCAAAAACGCUGCUCCAACAUCAAACCAGGAGAGACGGUCGUGUUCAACGUGUCCGUCGAGCUCCCGGGAUGCCUGUCUGGAGUUCGGCACUUCUCCCUCAAGCCGGUGGGCCUGCAGGACAGUCUGGAGGUGGAACUGGAAUCUCUUUGCUCGUGCGACUGCCGGCAGCCGCCCGAAGCCAACAGCAGCCAGUGCGCGGCGGGCCAGGGCGCUUUCCACUGUGGCGUGUGCGUGUGCCAGCCGGGGUUCCUGGGAGCGCAGUGCGAGUGCAACGAGGACAGCGCCCUGUUGAGCAACUGCCUCGCGAGCAACGAGUCUGGGAUAUGCAGUGGUCAGGGACAGUGCUACUGCGGACAGUGUGUGUGUCACGCAUCCAGCUUCGGCAGCAUCUAUGGGCCGUACUGCGAGUGUGACGACUACUCCUGCGUCCGCUUCCGCGGGGAGCUCUGUGGAGGCCACGGGGCGUGUGACUGCGGGGAGUGCCACUGUCAGAGUGGCUGGACGGGGGAGUAUUGCAACUGCAGCACCAGCACCGAGGCGUGCGUGUCGGAGGAUGGCGCCGUCUGCGGCGGCAGGGGGAAAUGUGAGUGUGGCCACUGUGUCUGCACUGUACCUGGAGCGUCUGGGGACAAGUGUGAGAAGUGUCCGACAUGUGGAGACGCCUGUAGCUCUGCAAGGACCUGUGUGGAGUGCCAUCUCCAAGACAAGGAUGAGGCUGAGAGUUGUGAACAAACGUGCAGCGUUCCUAAAAUUUCCAUCAACACAACAGGAGAUUAUGACAAGGGCUCGUCUAUGCCGUGCGCGCUGAUGACGGAGAAUGAGUGCUGGAUCUCAUUUAACGUUGUGGAUAGUGAGACAGGGACCACUGCCUACAAUCUCCAGAUGUACGGUUGCCCAGAGCCUCCGAACAUCCCCAUGAUUAUCCUGGGGGUCUCCCUUUCCGUUGUGUGCAUCGGCCUGAUCCUGCUGGGCGUGUGGAAGGUGCUGGUGUCGGUCCACGACCGUAAAGAGGUGGCCAAGUUUGAGGCUGAGAGGGCAAAGGCAAAAUGGCAGUCGGGGACCAACCCUUUGUUCAGAAGCUCAACGUCUACGUUUAAAAAUGUCACUUACAAGAACACGCAGAGAGAAAAGAUUAUUACAGUGGAUCACUACUGAGGAUAAACUGAUGAGGCAAUGCAAACCAAUAUCUGAGUGCACUUAGGUGUGUGUGCCCGUGUGUGUGUGCCCGUGUGUGUGCCCGUGUGUGUGUGAAAGAAAUGUUUUUUGUAUGAGAUUUUAUAACACAGUAGUCGACACUGUGAUAAACACUACAUGAUGAACUUGCUGCUGUAACGGUGCACUGCCGAUGUACUAAACACUGCACUUUCCUGUUGCACGAUCCUGCAAACUUACGCAAACUUUUGUCUACUGUAAAGUGCAGCUUGGAAAGCAGGAGUCUACACUAUAAGUGGUCUACUACUGAAAAAAAGUCUUCUUUUUUAAAAAUGUCUAUGAAUGUAAAUAUACAGGUGGAUGAUAGUGAUUGUUUAAAAAAAAAAAGAUAUUGUGCUUGUUUUAUUGUAAAGUAAGGCUGAGCCUUCAAUGUUGAUAACUGAGGGGUUUUUUUUAGUAACAUGGCACUUAAAUAAAGUUGCAUUUUGACUUAUUGUGAAAUGAUUCUGAGCUGAGGAACCCAAUUUAAAGUUUAUUUUGUUUACUGCGCGAAAAAUUAAUCUGGUGUGAACUGAGUCCAACUCAAUGAGGGCUGACUCAAAAAUAAAUGAUCCCAUACAUCCACUCAUGGCUAAAGAACCUGCACCAGGACCCUGAACGUCCGAGGUUUACUGGAAAUGUGAACCGCCAAUGUACAAAAUUUAACUGGAUCCUGUCUGUGUCAUAGUCCCAUCCCAUAUUGUUCUCACAUGGUGGAUUUUCCCAAAAUAUAUUUGUGGUUCCCUGGUCAGACGGUUCUCUGGUGCACUGGUUGGUUUCUGGGUCACUGUGCAGAACAUAACAGCUGUCAUGUUACGUCAUGUGCACUGUACUUGAUGGGAACUUGGAGGCAACUGAGGCAACGUUUUUUUUCACCUCCUCAAAACAGGUAAAUCUGUCAUAGGGCUGAUUUAUCAAUAAGUUAAUGAAAACAACUCUUAUCAAACUCUCCAAACACGACAGUUAAAACGGGCUACAGCAGUAAAAUACUGCUGACGGGCAAUUUCUAUGCAUUGAGUACUUUUCACUUUUUUAAGUACAGUUUUCUGUUAACGCUUCGGUUAUUUUACUUUAGUAAAUUUGUGGAUGUCAGACUUGUGCUUGUAAAUUAAUUCUUUUUUAUAGCGUUGUACUGUAAUUUCGACUUUUACUUGAAUAAAGAACUUGAGUUGGCUGAUUACAGGAAA